AUGACGUUCGACCACGAGUACUUCGUUGAGUUCUGUUUCGACUGCUUCGACAACACAUGCGGAGGACGAGUCGAUGCUCGGGACGCUAUCAAAACCAUCGACUACAGAUACGGUCGUUCUGGGACUCGCUGGACCCACACAGCCGGAGCCGCGCGGUGCGUCUGCGACUUCAUGCUUACUCAAACUUGUGGUGUUCCUGUUGCCUCGGACUGCAUCGACGUUGUUUUCAUCACCGACGGAAGAUCCAACGAUCCAAAUCUGAACGUCUGCAAUGAGAUUGCGUGCCUCCACAACCGUUACGGCGUCACAACGUAUGCAAUCGGAAUCGGAAACGCUUACGAUCCAGAGCUUGAAUGCAUUAGUAACGCAGAUCCAAACUCCUUCCAUCUGUUUAACUUUUUGGAUUUCGAUGAAUUCGAGGAUACCUUUCAAGAGCUGGUUGAUACGCUACUGAUGGGACAAGUAAGUCCGACGACAGGAGAUCCAUACGUCUGCAUCGGCACAGGGGGUGUUGGCACUGCUGGCUGCCAUUAG